ACGCCGCCUCUUAAAAUGCUGAUAGGGACGCAGCUCAGCAGACUGCCACAAUCAGACGGAGCCAUGUAUCUACCGUUAUUAACGAUGGUUUUAUUAUUCCCAUGCCUCUUUAGUUUUGCUGAGGCGAACUCGCAUCUACCGAGGAUGAUAUUAUCUGAGAAAGAUAUUGCAAUGAAGAGGAAAGAUUUGCCUGGAGAUCAUGCACAUCUGCAGGUUCUUCUGGUAGGAGAGCCAGACACUCUCACAGCCGUCGGUCGAAACCAUCUGACUUCAUUCGACUUUAAAAAUCCUCAGCAGACUCCCCUGCAAAGAAAGGUGUUGUGGAAAGCGUGCACUGACUAUGCGUCAGACACAGAUUGCAACUUUAACAUCAGUGUGGUGCACAAGGAGGAAAAGGCUAACAAAGUCUUCAUGUGUGGAACCAACAGCGGGGGAACAUUGUGCUGUGAUGUGAAUUUAACGGAGAGUUCUCCCGCUUGCAUUGCCUCUGAAAAAACUGUAAGCAUAAAUACAAGCAUCAGGAAAUUUAUCAUAAAGGAAGGUGAAGCGUCUGUCCUCGUGGAAUCAAAUAAACAGUCAGACCUUUACAUGACAUACUCUGGAUCUCAGGAGAAUGUUGGCAUCCACAAAUUUGGGCCCAACCGAGUCGGACCAGCAAACCAUAAUAGAGAGCAGCACUAUGUGGGUUUAUUGAUCAGCAGACAGAGAGACAAUUCAGUUCAGGAUAGAGUGUUUGCAUUUUAUAAAGAUAAAAACAGAGACACAAGCCUCGACAGUCAAAUGUGGAUCCCUUUCGUCACCCAGGUUUGCAUGUCUGACAAUGGUGGUCCCAAGAAACACAUGCAGUUCAGCUGGACGUCCCAAAUGAAUGCCAAGCUCUUCUGUGGAAAUCCAGACAGCAAACAGUACUUCUCUGAGCUGGUGCAUGUGGCCGCUGUGCAGGCAGACCACUGGGAGGAUACCAGGGUUUAUGCACUCUUCAGAAACGAAUGGGGGAUGAGUGCUGUUUGUGUCUACACGAUAAAGGACAUUCACAAAGUCUUCAUGAACUCUCCUUUUAAAGGCGGCAGCACUGUCAGCCCAGCAAACAGAUACAGAGAGUGUGUUCCUGACAGCACAAAAAUUAAUUUGGAUGUCUUGAAGAUGAUCGAGGAGAAUUCCGAGAUGGAGGACUGGGUCCGGCCUGCAAAUAACUCUGGUCCAAUUCUCUUUAAUCGACACAGAUACACUCACAUCUACGUUGACAGUUCCCUAAACAGGAACACCGAUCACCACCCAGUCCUGUUUCUGCCUCUGCAUAAUGGAGCAAUUCAUAAAGUGAUGCAAAACCUCAGCCAGACUUCAGUCAUUGCAGAGUACCGACCUUUUAACCACAGCACCCACAUUGUCAACGUCAUCCCCGACCCUGCAUCUAGGAAGCUGUACGCAAACUCCAGGGGUGAACUGGUCCAAGUGGACAUGUCAAACUGUACUCAGUAUGGAGACAGCUAUGAGGAUUGUAUCUUGGCCAGUGAUCCGUACUGUAGCUGUAAGACGCCCCACUGCAACCCUGAGUACCUUCGCACUCAGCAGAAAGUAGCAGAAGGGAAUCGUGCCAUCCGGUCAAAGGUUCACUGUCCUGGACAAGGUGAGUCAGGUGCAGUCAAGGGAGACAACAUCAUCAGACUUGCCUCCAAGUCCAGUCACUUCCUGCGGUGCCCGGUGUCGUCACUUCAUGCAGAGUACACCUGGAUUCACCCUGACGGCAGGACCCCCUGCAGCCUGAGCGAUCAGCAGUGUCUGUUUCUGAUCGACAGGAUGGGUCCAGAGAAGGUGGGGACUUACAAAUGUGAGUCAGUGGAGAAGUGGAACAGAAAGGUGGUGGCACAGUAUGAACUGAAGAACAGGGCGGCAAGCCUUUCCUCAGUACAUCUCUGGGUUUGUCUUGUGACUGUUUUGUUAGCACUGAACAAACAGCUUGAUAUAAUACCGUGAUGGUUAGAGAUAAUAAUGACAUACUGACCCACUUCAGGUUUACUGUUUCCCGUAAUUUGCAAAUGUCUUCACACAUUUUAGAGUACUGUGGUCAUUUGAUGACAUUUCAGUUCAGAAGACAUGUUUUAAUGAUUCUAAAAAUCAAAAGUGCUUUAAUUUAUACUCCAAAGCUUUCAAAUUCAUACACUGAAAAAAGUGUUGCGUUAAAUCUACAAAAUUUUUAAAUAAUUUGACAUUGUAAAAUUUAGUAGAUUCAACACAACAUUUUUUUCAGUGUAUGAAUUAGAAAGACUGUAAGGUAGAAAUGUGUGUAAAAUAUUUCUUGUUAAACUCGCCUUAACCCUUAAAUGGACUGCAGCAUGUACUUCUAACAUUGCAAUAUUUUAUUAGCUUAACUUUUUUAUCGUCAUACUUUUUUAUAAAUCCCUUUAUAUGCCAGCUCAAUGCAAAGCUAGCCAACGAUGGGUGCCCCAACCAAUGUGCCCUUCAUAGAUUAGAGAGCACAAGAUGGUUUACUUAAAAAUGCUAAACAUAAAAAUGUAAAUUUAAUUUAGUCACUGAGUCAAAUCAAUCAAGACAUGUCUUCUUCUCCCCUCCUCACUUGUAGAGAAACAUGGUUGAAGUUGUCUGUAGUGGAGUCAUUUUUGAAAACUCAGUCACCCACUAAACUUUCAACCUUUUGUUGUAUCAUUGAAGUUCUUUUGACAUAUCUGCACACUUUCCUGUAAUGUGAAACUGUCUUCACAGAGGUGACAGGCGUUUCUGGCUGUUAUUUCCUAUCUUGCAUACUACCUCAGAACUGCAUAAGGGGCUUUUAGUUACAACAGAGUGUUUCUGAGAAUGGAGACUUAACUUUUGGUCGGGUUAAAAGUAACAUGUUCAUGCUGUGAAAUACUGCAGCUGAGUAGAGUUGUGAAAAAAGAAAGCUGUUCUUUGCUUUCCCUUGCGCCUAUCUAUAGAGUGAAGUGUGAAUCUGUGACCCUUGAGGUGCUUUCUUGGGGUGCUUAAAAUUACAGCAAGUGUAGGCCAGUGUGUCAUAUUGCCAAAUGUUUCACUUUGCUGUCAUGCACACUAAACUCAGAGUUGCUGCACAUUACAUUUUGCACAGAAUGUUAAGUUAAUAUGAUGACUGUUAUCUUCAGAGUCCGUUCAUGAAGAUCAAACCUAUUAUAAAGAUGUCAUAUCUUACUUUGAGUGUCAUAAGACACAGGUUUGAUGACCAGUUUAUCUUGAUGCUUGGUUAUUGCAGGUUUCAAAGAAAAUGAAUGUCUUCUUAUUGCUCUUUGUGAAAAUGAAUGUAGCAACACACUGAGAAAAAAUAAGUGUUACACUGAAAACCACAAUAUAAAAAUCUUAAAAUAUACCUAAAAAGGAUAUUUUUUUAAAGGCCAGUACAAACAGAUGACAAACUGUAAAGACUUUUCCAUCUUUCAUCUGUCGAUAGGCUUUUAUCACCCUAAAAACCUAGUCACAGUCUGAGAUCCUCUGGCAGUCCUCUGCUAGCUGUUCCAUGGACCCGACUGAAAACCAAAGGGGACAGGUUGUUUUCAGUCAGAGCUCCUACACUCUGGAACAGCCUGCCAGAGGAGAUCAGACUUGCAGAGUCAGUCCCUUGUUUUAUGUCAUUACUCAAGACACAUUUUUACAGGAAAGCUUUUAUUGUUUGAUUUUAUUUAAUUUUAGCUCUGAUUUUAUGGGUUUUACAAGUUUGUAGGGUUUUUAAGCUUUUAUUUCAUUUUAUUUUUUAAUCACUUCAUUUUGCUUUGCACUUCUUGUUUUUAUUGUUCACUGUGAAGCACUUUACUUGUAUUGAAAAGUGCUAUAUAAAUAAAGUAUUCUUCUUCUUCUUCUUCUUCUUGCUGCCAUUUAUGUUGCCUGUUGGGUCAUAUUUCAUGAAAGAAGCUGUGAGUUAGUGUCUUUUGAAUCCAAGGGCUACAGUUCUAAUGUUGCUAAUCAGGACUGAUACCCUGUCUCUGCAGUGAUGAGCGCAACUGCACAAACUUUACAUCCACAGUUGUUUGAGUAGGUACUGUUGAUUAAAACAAUCUAUCUAUCUAUCUAUCUAUCUAUCUAUCUAUCUAUCUAUCUAUCUAUCUAUCUAUCUAUCUAUCUAUCUAUCUAUCUAUCUAUCCAUCCAUCUAUGGUGUUGUAUGAGGUACUUGUAAAUAAUAAGUGUAUAACCCAUAGAGAAUCCUGGUCACCUUCACCCCUUUGUUGAGAAAGCAGCCAGAGAACCAGAACGAAGCUGGACAACUAGCUGCUGCAAACAGGGUCAGCUACUUCAUUAUUUACCUCGUACAGCUCCACAUCAAAAGAAAAUAGUUAUCCCUUUAAAUGCAUUGAUAUAUUUUGAUGUUUCUGUAAGGUAUUUUAAAGUCAUAUUUGAUUUGAA